UCGGGUGAAGGGGGGGGGUCAUAAAUCGAGACUCCUUGUACUGUAUUUGCAUACAGUACUGCUGCAUAGCCCAAAGACAACAUGACCCAGGGGUGGGUGCUCCUUUCCUAACUGUGAAAAAAAUCUCAGGGGCCAGGAAACUGUGGGAAGGCUAGACACUUAUUUUUGUUGACAGUUUCUCCAGCCCUCCAUCUUCGUUCAGCCAGACGGCGGCUGCUGUCCGUCCACCGCCGCCGAGAGGAGGAGGUCCACGCUGCGUGGAACUCUUUGCAGAGUGGAGCCAUGCGACAGUGGUGCGUCCCCGCUGCGACCCGAAGCACGGUGCCACUCCCGGGGCGCCUCUCCGUGUCGCCCCCUCCAUCGGAUGUCAGAAUGGAGUGCUGUGGAGUGGAGCCACGCUACACCAUCGAGCAGAUAGACCUCCUGCAGCGUCUGCGCCUCUCUGGCAUGACCAAACCUCAGAUCGUCCACGCGUUGGAGUCUCUAGAGAGGCUUGAUCCGGACCCGCGCUCAACUCACUGUGACUCCCACCCAGCCCCUUCCAAUAACAACAAUAGCAACAACACACACGCCACUCCCUCCGCCCCAGCACCGUCCUCUUCGUCAUCCACCUCCUCUCUCUCCCUAACCUCGGCCACCACACAGACCUCCGGACUGGACGGCGCAGCGCUGUCCCCCAGCAACAGCUUUGAGGCCUCGCCUCCUCCCCUGUACCCCACCAGCGUGACUGUGCAGCGCUCUUUCAGCUACGACAUGGUUGGGGAGGAGGAGUGGGACCUGGAGGAGAAGGUGGAGGAAUACAUGAGGAGGGAUAGCAACCUGGUGAAAGAGGAGAUCAAAACCUUCCUCAACAACCGAAGGAUCUCUCAGGCGAUCGUGGGACAAGUUACAGGCAUCAGUCAGAGUUACAUCUCGCAGUGGUUGUUACAGCAGGGCCUUGAGAUGAGCGACUCCAAACGCAGAGCUUUCUAUCGCUGGUACCUACUGGAGAGAAAUAACCCAGGGCUGAGGUGGAGCGAAAGCCAGCACAGCGUGAGUCCCAGGGCCAGGGGAGGGGACAGAGACGGGCUGGCGGCGGGGGCGAGUGGCUGCCUCCCCAAUCCCAACACCAACCUCAACCCCAACUCCAACCCCGUGUGGAGCAGGCAGAGAGAGCUGUUGAUGCACUUGCUCCCAUGGUACACCGCCGCCGCCGCCACUGCAGCCCAGCCAGGCGCAACUUUAUCGAUGAGGUCAAUGGUGAAGGAGGAACCCGAUUGGCGGACGGGCAUCAUGGCUGAUAGGCCAGCGAUUGUCGGGGCACCGCUGAGGCUCCGUCGAGGAAGCCGCUUCACCUGGAGGAAGGAAUGCCAGUCCAUCAUGGAGAGUUUCUUUGUAGAGAACCAAUACCCCGAUGAGGCUAAGCGGGAGGAGAUCGCCAAUGCCUGUAACUCGGUCAUCCAGAAACCAGGUUGCAAGCUGUCUGAAUUUGAGCGUGUGACGGCAUUAAAGGUGUACAACUGGUUCGCUAACCGCCGCAAGGAGAUGAAGCGGCGGGCAAAUAUCGCCGCCAUUUUGGAAAGCCACGGUAUCGAGGUCCCGAGCCCGAGUUGCCACUCCAACGGGGAAGAGGCUGAAAUACAAGAGUUCGCCGAUCAGGUCAAUCAAGGUUUCUCAGAGCAGGAAGAGGCAUCAACUGGAAGGAUGGUGGAGCAACAAGAUCCUGUCAGGGCCCCUCCAGACACCCUUCCUAACUCGGAGGUCCCAGAACAGAAAGAAAAGGAUUCAAAAAGGGAAACUGUGGAUGAAGAGUGACCAAAAGCUGGUGAAGUCGUUUGAAUUUUAGUCGUAAUACUUUAUGGGGAAAAAAAUAGGGUCCGCUUCCUCCUCAGGGGUUGAUGCGGUUGGGUUUUAAAACUCACUCGAGGUUCCUCUGACAGGAAAGGGGCUGCCAUAUUUAUCAAAAGUUAUCCUGCUUAUGUUAACAGCAAUAUACAGUACAUAUAUAAAUAUAUACAUAAACAUAUAUAAGUAUUUAGUGCAUUCCAAGGUGGUAUUAACAAGCCUAAAUUCCUUACAAUUAGCCAAAGGAUACCUCACCCAUUUUAAUAGUUUAUUUUGUUUGUAUUUCUUCGCCUUAUGUUUUCUUUUUAUGCUGAGUGGUGAUGAAGUGCCUGCGGGUCAGGUCAGAGAGACUCUUUCAAAGAUCUCGUCUGCAUGGAUGAGUGUGUGUGUUUUGUUUUCGCUGGUGCUGACAUCCAACCUUAAAGAUACGCUUGAUAAAAUCAUGCGGCCAAUGUUGGAAUUUGCAAAGCCCUGAGGGACACCUGGAAUCUCAGGAAAUCCAACAAUGGUGGAUCAAGAUGGUGAAGAAGUGCACCAGAUGUGUGCAUGCGUGGGGUGUGUGUGCGUGUGUGUAAGCUUCAAGAGAUUUUCUUCAUCAUAUCCGCGCUCACUCCAAACAGAUUGUUCUAUUUAUACAUUUUUUAUUAGUAGAACAAAGCGAGGACUAUCCAUCAUGUCUUUGUUCAACUCGAUGCUGCUCUUGCUCUUUUUUUCCCCCCUUCAUCUAACCUCAUUUUCCAAGCCUGUAAAGCUUCUCUUCACCAAAACAAAUGUCAAUGUGAUUGAAAAUCGCAUCUUCCCUCCUCAUUGGAAUAAGCUAAAAGCUUUUGCUCGCGUACUGCACUUCAAAAGUGGAUCUCACUCUAAUAGUAAUAAUAAUGCUUGUGUACAUAAUAACCCAGUGGAUAAUUGCAUUCGUGGGUGCUUUUCUUCAAACUAACAACAUUAGCAAAAAUAUACUGUAAACUGUAGAGUUGUAAAACUUGAAACAUGACUAGAAGACUUCAACUGUGCCUGAGUCGCUCUCGAAAUGUUCAUAAAAUGGACAAAUGUGUUUGUAAUGUACCGUUUUUUUUUUUUUUUUUUUUUUCCAAAUAGUGGCUAACCCUCUGCUUGUUUGCUUUAAGAGGAAUCAAAAUACCUCCAUAAAUAAACACCUGCCUUUUUUCCGUUAGGAAAAAAAAACGGGUCAUAACUGUAAAUACCUCAGAUCUUUACAGCGUUAAUUCAUUCGUUGAAUAAAAGCUAAACUGUCUCAGCUAAAGAAGGAAAUUAAAAAUAGUAGCCGUCCAUCAUAUAAACAGUAUCACGUUGAACUUGAAAAUGGGUAAUGAUUAUUAAGCUUUGUUCACAGACGCAAUUGUUCAAUGAAGAUUUCCCUGCUAAGCCCAUUUACACAAUGUUGCUAACAAAAACAGCAGCACGUAGAAAGGCUGUUAUGUUCCAGUAAGCGACAGGACCUGCUUGAAUAUCUUGCCAAUAAAUAAUACGCUGAUAAUAACUGUUAUAACAAAAACGCGUACAAAUCAAUACCACCCCACCCUCAUCUGCAGUUGAGUAGCCACUAUUUGCAUCCCAUGUUUCCCAGAUUGUGUUACCUCCUGAUGCCAAAGGUAUGGAUGGCGGUCCAGGUGAUAUUCAGUGCAACACUAGCCAACACUCUUUAAGAGGAAUCCAUGUGUUACAAGCCAAUGGCAGCCAUUGUUGUGACUGUUCACGAUACAAUGUCUUGUAACAUUUAUGUCAGUGGGGGGUGGGCGCCCUCCAAAGGAAACCCUCCAAAUCUGAUUAGUAUUAUUAUUAUUAUUAUUAUGCUCCUUGCUAUCUGCUUUUAUCUGACAGGAAGCAAGAAUAAAAGUAUUGUUAACGAUGGCUGUGCAAUGUCAUUAUUAUUCGUGAUGGUAAUUACCGUCUCGGCCCGAAUAUAAGACGGCCCUGAUUCUAAGACGACCCCCUCUUUUUCAAGACUCAAGUUUGAAAAGACUUGUUGAACACCAAAUU